CUGAUGGGAUCGAUGCGGUUGCCUUGACGACGGGACCGUCAGAGAGGCCGAAUCGCGCGCGGAUGACGGCUGCUGCCGGCGAGCGGGGGUUAGCGCCGCGCGCGGCGAUGCAGUGACGACGUCGCCGCCGUUGAGAGCUCGCGCUCUGGCUCUCGGAGGCGACCUCGUGCCGCGUUCGCCACCGGAGGCGAUCCUCUUCUCCGAGGCAGCAGCGUACCGCGCGUUCGCCGUUGCACAACGCCGUUCCGGGCCGACGAGCCGCGCCAUGCGGAGGCGGUGCCGGGCCCGUCGCAGCAGGACACUGAUACGGACAGAGUACGGCGUCAGGACGACAGUAUGCACAGUUCCGAGAUGCCGCAUCAGGAGGAGACGCCGUCCAAGAUCCUGCUGCUGCGACGAUGGAGCGACAUGCCGCAGCAUCUCCAAUUCAAUCCGCACAUCCUCACCGGUUACAGACCGCUUAUGACCAUCCGCCAAUGUCUCGGUAGCCUCUUCUACAUCCACAACGAGACCGUCAACAUCCUGACGCACGGAUUCGCUAUCCUGUACAUGUUGUUGACUGUACCACAUCUGCUUCCAUGGAACACAAAAGGGACGCUCGUAGAAAUUCUAUCCUGGUGUCAUUUGAUCGGUGCCGUCAGUCCAUGGAUUGGUUCCUUUCUGUAUCACCUCUUCAUGAAUGUAAACUACGACGAAGUCAUCUAUAGAACACUGCUAAAAGUCGACAUGAUUGGCAUAUGGCUGUGCCAGAGUUUCGGAGCUAUACCGAUGAUGGCAGCGGCAGUCCAUUGUCUCGCCGAUAAUGUUUGGUAUUGCUGCAUUUUUAUUUACUGUUUCCUUAGUAUAUGGGGACUUUUAAAGGCCAUGACUGCGAGGUCGCCGUGGGAAAGGCGUUUGUGUUUCGCUCCUCCUUUUUUGAUGAGGAUGUUAGUUAUGACGUUGAGAUGUUUCGGCAUCGGUGGCGGCUCACCCGAUGCUCUUAUUCAUAUAAUAUUACAGGAUCUCAUAGCUGUGAUAGGUGCAACCAUUGGCGCUCUUCGCAUUCCAGAGAAGUGGAUUCCCGGUAGAUUGGAUUUAGUGCUGAAUUCCCAUAAUGUGAUGCAUGUAAUGGUCGUCCUGGCGGUAUGCUCCAUGCAUGCCGCAACCUUGAAGGACCUCGCCUGGAUGUCCGAUCCGUCUACUUGCAACAGAACAAGUUCUCUUCCUUCGGGUCGCGAAGAAUUGUGAUUCAAUCAUGAAGAACGCGACGGUUUGCUGCAGUCUGUGAUAAACCGAGCCUAUAACAACUGGCAAUUAGUCGAGCGUUUCGACAUUUGGAGACCAGAAAGUGCUGAAUUCUAUAAUAGAUAAAUCUACAGAUAUUGAAGAAAAAAUAUAUAUAAAUAUAUAUAUAUUAUAUAACAGAGUUUAAUACACAGAGUUACUUAUAUAAUUUAUGUGAUCAUCGCGAGACGGUUUAAGUACAAUCACGAGUACAAAGUACAUACGGUUACUUAUCAUAUCGAAUGUCUAACAAUACUUGGGAAUUUAUUGAAACUUCCCUGCAAACAAUAAGCAAAUUAAGGAGGAUUGACGGAAACUGAUAGGUUUGGUGCAAGAAAGAAUUAAGUCUAUUAAGUCAAUUUUAUUUGUUAAAAGAGUUAUAAAUAAUCCAUGAAAAUUUACCAGAAAAACAAUUGGGAUAAUAUAUUAUUUAUACAGUUUUCAAUUUUAAUGAAAUUAUUUUACUUAUACUAAAAAUUGUGAAAAUCUU